AUGGGUGAUAUCCUUCCUGUAAAGAAGCUAUGCCAAUCCAACACACCGUCUCUGCCAGUAUUCAUUCCGAACGAACUGAUAGCCGAAAUCCUAUCUUUCCUUAAUGUGGAAACCAUCCUGCAACUCAAAUGCGUUUGCAAAUCAUGGAAAACUCUCGUCUCCGAUCCAAUCUUUGUCAAAAAUCAUCUUAAGAAAUCCUCACAAAAGCCUCACCUCGCACUAAUUUGUAAGGGUUGUAAUGUUGCAACAUUUCCUUUGCCGAGUUUACUAAAAAAUCCAUCCAUCACAGUUAGCAGCGACAGUUUCCAUCCGUACUGCUGUUGGAAUGUCGUUGGUUCCUGCAAUGGAUUGCUUUGUGUUGUUUACAUUUCUAAGUUGAUUACACAGGACUUUGUGAAUCAGGACUACUGGUUUCGUUUUAUGAAUCCUUCCAUGAGAACAACAUCUAAAUUAUUAGGUUGGUUUCGUGAUAACAUUCUUCUAGAUCAUACAAAACCUUGCCCUCGUUCAGGGUAUUUUAAAUUUAUGUUUGGUUACGAUGAUGUGAAGGAAACAUAUAAGGUUGUAGCCUUUCGAGUUAAAGGUCAUCUCGGUAAGGAAGCUUCAUUGAAAAGCGAGUUGAGUGGCACAAUUAAUUGGUUAGCUAUCUGUAAGUAUUUCCGUUGUAAUUAUCUGCACAAGAAUAUUACUCAUGUUGACCAAUUUGUGAUUGUGAUUCUUGAUCUUUCGACAGAGACAUUCAAGAAGCUGUUACUGCCUCAAGGUUUUGAUGAGGAGGAUGAAGAUAUUUCGAAAUGGAGAACUAUAUUUAUUGAUUUCUAG